GAAACAUAACCAAUACAAGUAAAUGUCACCUAUUAUAAGUAAUAUUUUAUCACUUAAAUAAGGAAACCUUUUAAAUUGAAAAUAAAGAAAACGUACCCGGUUUUUUUACAUAUAUUUUGAUCAAAAUGGGAGAUAUUCCAAAUCCUCCAAUAUCUAAUGAAGACAUUUUAAAAUUAUGUAAACCAGCCCUUGAAGAAACUAAGGACUUUAUUAUGCAACAAACAAUGUACAGAAUUAAGGAUCCAAAAAUAUCAAUACCCUUCUACACGGAAGUGUUGGGUAUGCAAUUGUUAACUAAGUUGGAUUUCCCAAGUAUGAAAUUUUCACUUUACUUUGUGGGAUAUGAAGAUCCAAAAGAUCUGACAGGAGGGUUAAGUUCCCAGGAGAGAGUUACGUGGACAUUUGGCAGGAAAGCUACGAUAGAGCUUACACACAAUUGGGGAACAGAAAAUGAUGAAAAUUAUAAACCUCAUAAUGGUAAUCAGGAUCCUAGAGGCUUUGGGCAUAUUGGUGUCAUGGUUCCAGAUGUAUAUAAAGCUUGUGAAAGAUUCGAAAAACUUGGUGUUAAAUUUGUAAAAAGACCAGAUGAUGGUAAAAUGAAGGGAUUAGCUUUUAUUACAGAUCCUGAUGGCUACUGGAUUGAAAUAUUUAAUAACAAAAGUGUAGGAGAUACAGUCUCCUCUUAAAAUGCCAAAGUUAGUAUUUCCUGAAGACAUAUUUAUUUUAAAUGUACUAUUUAAUGUUAAAUAAAUAAAUAUAUUUUUGAACUUGAAUAAAAAAAAAUUAUAAAUA